GAGCGAGCAUGGAUUUGGGCAGGGCUGUGGUUACCCAGCAUAAGCUCGCCUUUUCCUUCGGUGACUACACCCCGAGAGGAGGAGCGUAUAGGCGUCAGGAUCCUCAAUUUUUCAACUUAGCAUCUUGGCAGGACAUUUUCCCAAGCAAAGCCCCCGUCCGACGGGUAAAAAAAAAACUUCUGCGCGGGCAUGAGAGCGACGGUGCAACUCACAUAAGGGAGCAAGAGAAAAACAAAACGAGACAAAACAUCCGACGGGCAGUGGCUGGCUGGCAACAACCAAAAAAAGUCAUCCGACAUCCUUCCCUCUCUUUAUUUAAUCGCUUUUACUUUUUGCCUUCAGCACUGACACUUAGAAGGGGGGACAGGCAGCGGGUCUGCACACACACACACGGCUCUAUGAGCUCCGGCAGCAGCGCAUGAGAAAAUAAAGGUGGGAAAGUGCGCAAGUUAAGUGGCUCACACUCUCCGGGCUUCAGCAUGGCGUAUCCUCAGGGCUACUUGUACCAGCCGUCCGCUUCUCUAGCCCUGUAUUCAUGCCCUGCGUACAGCACCAGCGUCAUAUCGGGACCCAGAACCGAGGAACUUGGGAGAUCCUCUUCAGGAUCUGCUUUUGCGCCCUAUGCUGGAUCUACUGCGUUCACCAGCGCCUCGCCAGGGUACAACUCCCACUUACCGUACAGUGCGGACGCGGCGGCAGCGGCCACAUUCACCUCGUACGUGGUGAGUAAACUCAAGGGCUCUCCCUAUGACCACACUACGGGGAUGGCUGGCUCGAUAGGAUACCACCCUUACGCAGCACCCUUGGGCACCUACCCUUAUGGUGACCCAGCUUACCGUAAAAACGCAACAAGGGACGCCACAGCCACCCUGAAGGCCUGGCUCAACGAGCACCGCAAAAACCCCUACCCCACCAAGGGCGAGAAGAUCAUGCUGGCCAUCAUCACCAAAAUGACCCUCACCCAGGUGUCCACUUGGUUCGCCAACGCCAGGAGGAGGCUAAAGAAGGAGAACAAGAUGACCUGGACUCCCCGGAACAGGAGCGAGGACGAGGAGGAGGACGAGAAUAUUGAUUUGGAGAAAAAUGACGACGACGAGCCAAACAAACCCACAGACAAGGGAGACUCAACAGACACAGAAUCAGAUCAUAAACUGCUGAACCCAGGGGACAUAGGCUGUGACAGAUUUAAAGAGGAGAACCAUGGCAAAGACACAGAUCCCCUUCUGAGCGACUCGGAGUUAAAAGACCAGGAGGAGCGGACUACAGACUUGCUGCCGGAUUCCGCAAAACCAACCACGUCGUCUCCCUCGGCGAUGCCUCGAGGGAACCAGAUCGUUGCGCAACAAGACAAGCCGUCAGAUUUGAGCCUGGCAACGGGUACGGUGACCAGCAACGUGACCUCUGUUAUCCACUCGCCCCCCUCAGCCCCUAAACCUAAACUCUGGUCCCUCGCGGAGAUCGCCACGUCCUCAGACAGGUGUAAAGGCAGCGGAGACGCGCCACAGGCUCUUCCCGGUUUGGGUCAGAGCGCAGUACUGGGCAACAACGCAUCGCCUUCACGGUCCUCCCCUCAGUGCCCGCUCCCCAACAGCACCGUCCUCUCCCGGCCCCUGUACUACACCUCCCCUUUCUACCCCGGCUACACGAACUAUGGGGGCACUUUUGGACAUCUUCACAGUAACCACGGCUCGGUGACCACGGGCUCCACGGCACAUUUCAAUGGAUUAAACCAGACUGUGUUAAAUAGAGCAGAGGCUUUGGUAAGAGAGAGCCAGAAAGUCAGAGGCCAAACGCAGGUAGAUCUUUGUAAAGACUCCCCUUAUGAACUAAAGAAAGGUAUGUCAAACAUUUAAUACCUGACUAUUUUCAACUCACCGCGGACUUUUAUUUAUUUUUUUGUGGUUGCAUUAAAAAAAAAAAAAAGGAAACAUAUGAACAAUGAUGAAGCAAAAUUCUGAGAACAUUAUUUUCUGAGUAAAUGCUUAUCUUGAGAUUUUUAAUUUCUGAAUGGUUAAUCCUAAAAUGUAACGAGAAUGGUCUUAAUCGCUGCAGCCGCCUGAGUCUAUUUGUAUGAAAGACUAACAUGUAUAUUUAAUGUAGCAUUUUUGUAUUUAAAAUGGACAACACACUAUCUUUGAAGUAAAUUAUGGAAAAAAAUGUACACACUCGUGCAAAGAUUAUUUUUGGGAGAGCAUGUUGGCAUUGCCUGUCAUGAUGUGUCUCAUUGGCUCCAAGGCCAAUUCAUCCAUACGAAAUAUGAAUUUAACUUUUCACCGUGACAGAUGCUUCAGUGGGAAUCAUCUUCUAAAAAUAAGAGUGAAGAGAGAUCUCUGGGAAAAAAAACAAGAACAGGCCUACAUCCAGCAGGGGGAUAGUUUUAUAUCGAAAGAAUACAAUGUUUUAGUUUUUGUUGGUGCAAAUAUUCCUAGGUUUUAAUUGUAAAAUGUAAAAUAUUGGAUACAUUGGUCAAAUUAUUUAUACAUUGGUUUAACAUGGGUUUAUUUGUUUCCCUCUAUUCAACAGAGGCCUUCCUCUUUUUUUAUUUUUUUACUUUAACGUGAGCAGGUUUGCAGAAGUGGAUACUGAUAUAAUAACAACACUGAGUCGCAGUCGUUUAACCCAAUUACCUUUCUUGUUUUAUGCAGAGCAAUCAGGUGGUGAACUCUGGUAAUGAGCUCGAUUUUAUGCCAAAUUUAGAACUCAUUACUAUUUUCCAAAGGCGUGGAAAAGCUGUUAAAAGGGACGCGACCAUGCAUUUUGAACAUACUGCCCUAUUAUAUACUAUUAAUGUAGAGUCUCUUUAAUGGCGCGUUAGAUGUGGAACAGUGGUGUUUGGAAAGCACCCCCCCCCCCCCCCCCCCUCUCCGUUCACACAGCAGAGAUAGUCAGAGAGAUAUCAGUGCAGUGUGUAGUCGGUGUAGCCAUGCAGCCUCUCUCUGUCCUCUUACUCUUCCAACUUCUGCAGGUAGGUGUCACACUUGCUCCUAAUUUCAGGGGGGGACUCUUUGUUAAUCCGUCAUGGAAACCCAUCCCUGAUCAAAUGGCCUAGUUAAAGAGAAGUGGAGCCAAUGGGGCACAUACAAUGAUCACAGUUAUUAUGAGGAUUAUAACAACUUUUACAAGUGGAUAAAAAAAAAAGGUACGAACUAGAGUCAGGACCGUCAUUCAGAGAAAAAAAAAACCUUAUGCAUACAAAAAACCAUACCGGUGUUUUUUGUUUCAUUAUUAUUUGAUAUAUAUUUUUUUUAAUUAUUUUUUCAUUUAUUGUUUUAUACGUUUUAGCUUGGAAGGAUAUUGCAUUUAAAAAAGGGGAAAUAUAUAGAAAAAUAUUGCAUUUAUUUCAAGACAUUUUAGUCUCAUCUGAACAGCCAAAGGCCACUGAGCCUUUUAGCACAGGCCUGCUUUUAUUUUUAUUUCUUUAUUUAAUGACAUAUUUUAUUAAAUGAAAUCUUAAUUAUUAUUCGUUUCGGCAGUGGGAUUAGCAGUGCAUUUUUUAAUGGUAGUGAAUUAUAACGUUUGCUUUAACUGUAAUGAUUAUUAUUAAUACUUCUAUUAUUACGAUGAUUAUUAUUAUUAAUAAUGUUGUUAUUGUUGACCUCCACUGAAGUGGGACAGCAUGCUCUUGUUUAUGGCUGCAAUUAAUCUCCAUAGUUUACUUUCCCCUUCUCCAGAUUGAGAUCUCCCCUGAGGAUUCUAUAAUUCCCUCAGCCUUAAUGUCCUCUAUUCGGGCCCUCUAUUUUAAUCUGACAGAGUGUGCUGGAGCAGUGAUUGCGACACAUCAGCCGGCUAAAUAGCAUAAUUAUGUUUUUUCUUUGCUGGUCCCCGGGGGGUUGGAGUGCUCGAUGCGAUGUCCCCUCAGAGAGUGUUAGAGUUUUAUUAGAAAAAUGCGUUGUUUUUUCUUCGAAUUGAUUGAAGAAGGAAUGUUUCACAGGGACGAUAUACGGACUAUUUCUACGCUGUAAAUCGUCUGUGUGAGUAUGGGUAAAUACUGUGACGUUUAUAUGGCAAGUAGGUUCUUCAGGCUCGUGUGCGUGCGUGCGCGCGUGUUUGUGAGUGUAUGUGUGUGUUUGUGUAUAAUGGAGGGAUGUGGGGUAACAAUGUUGCAAGCCAAACGCAGAGCUGGUUGAUACUUUUAUGUUAUGAUAUUACCUUCCUAGAUUUAGAAUUAUACGGGAAAAGUUGGGAAGGUGAUCAUAACCGCCAUGCUCAAUCAAAACAGGAAGCAGGCGUGAUUAAAGAUGUCUGACUUCUUCCUCACUAUUGAAAUAACUUGAAAUGGGCUAUUCGAAGUGAGUGUGUGGGUGUGUGUGUGGGGGGGGGGGGUACUUUUUUUUAAUUACUCAAAGAUAUUUAUAAUUUUGUGGGAGAAGAAAAUACAAAAUAUCAUUCGAUAUUAAGAUAUUUUGCAUUAAUUAAUUUGCACUGUAGUAUAUUUAUUAUUAUUUAUUCUUCGUUAUUAUUAUUAUUAUAAGCCUACUAGCCUAUUAUUAUAAUAAAACAAAGGGGUUCGAUUUUUAUAUAUCGAGGGAGAACCACUCUUUUGUCAUCGUAUUUCAGCUCUCUUCACUAUUAAGCUGCGUUUGAGGAAAAAAAAACCCUCUCACUAAUUAAAAAGUAUAUAUUUAACGCUUUAUUAGCCUACUUGUUCUAUUCCAGCUCGUGAUAACAGACAGUCAAUUACAGCCCAGAUUUCUGCAGGAAGCGGAGCGAGAGAACGUGCAGCUCUUCAUCAGAGACGUGCUGUGUAGCCUACAGGAGAGAUGCUCUGCAACUUUAUACAACUCGGUCCCUGGCUUCCCCUCCUGCUUGAAUGGCGUGUCGGUUCAUUGUUGGGAUUGCUACAAUAUGAGAAUACUAAGUAGGGGUGAAACCGUUCCCACGUGUGAAAAUGGGGGGAAAAUAAUCCGACAGGAGAAGAAGCAGAGGAGGAAAAAAAAAGAGGACAACGUCAGUAUCCUUCUCUUUCACGAUGUUGUCUUUGAGUUUUAAAGACGCAGAUACCGGCUUUUUGUUAGGGGGGGGGAACGCUUAUUAUUAUUAUUGUCAUUAAAGUUAUUAUUUAUAUUAAACUGUUUGUUUUUUCAAAGCUGGAAAAAAUGGCCAUAGCUUCACAUCGAGUCUGAGGGCCGCAACUGGUUAGUCCUUGUAACUUGAUAAACUAUAUACAACAUUUAAAACAUCAAAUAUAACACAUUACCUACACCUGGAACCUGAAAAAAAUAAAAUGCAUCCUGUUAUCGAAUGAAUACAUUGACGCCUUUAUGGAUUUGUGUAUGGAUCCGAGGCCUAGUGUAAGAGAAAGGCAAAAAAACUACCAGAUAAACGUUUGUCAUCAAAAAUAGACUGCACCUUUUUUUUUUUUUGCUUUUAUGUUUGCAUAUUUACUCUAAAAGUAGACACGCCAUUAACGUGUGUGUACUUCAGUGUAUUGGUGCCAUGAGAGAGACUUAAAAUAGUGCUAAUAUAAGACUAAUGAAUAACAAGAGUAAACCGUGGUUUCCUGUUUGUUUUCUGCACUUUUGGGAACGGUGACAUGAAACGAAGGGGAAGUUGAGUCUGGCUGCUGUGGCCUCGUAUACAUCUCUUUAUUACUGGAAUAAUAUGUGGAGUGGAGUGUGUGCAGGUUUAACAGAAAACAUCAAUAUAUAGGAGAGGUGUUAUUGUGUUGUCUAGUAUGUCCAAAUAUAAAAGAACGACACUUUUAGUUCAACUUAUAAUCAGCUUUUUUUUUCUUUCUUUUUUUUUAAAAUAGAGGUUACGCACCUUAAAUGGGCUGCCAACUAAUCGGACCUGCUGUAACUCCAAUCCUCAGAUUUCAGUAUUGGCAGGAGAUUUGCUGCAGGGGCAGACUCCAGAAGAAUCUUGGGAGCAAACAGAUUAGACACCUGCCACCGGACAGCUCUGUGGACGCCUCUGACUGCUACUGUAUGUCAGAUCUCAGGCUGAAACCAGAACCUGUUGAUGAACACACUACCAAUAUCACUGCACGAUUACUGUGCGUAUUACGGUGCUUAGUGUAAACACAGCGCCCCGAUAAAACGUCCCCUCUACACGACGUCGGGCUCGAAUUCAGCUCAAAUGUGUAAAAAGACACCUCGCUGCACUUGACCUGCACAGCUUAUUCACAGAGGCUAUCAUGGACUACAUGAUGGUGCCAAAUGUGAUAUAAAAGAUGGUUGGAAUAAAAGGAGGGUGACUAUAGCAGAAAAGGGAGUCGUGAGAUAUUCGCUUCUUGUGGAUUUUUUUUAUUUUUUCUCUUUCAAAACAUCCUUCAACUUAACUUUUUUUUUUUACAGGAAAUAGUAUGGCAUGCAUAUAUUUAUUUGAGGGGUGUUAAUAAAAGCACACCUUUAUUUUUUUUUGCUCUGAUUUAUGCAGUUCAUGCAUACCUGCCAUACAAAUAAGACAAUUUAGUUCCAUCAUUUUUGAAUUAUAAGGAAUUAUAAGUAAUAAUCUUUAGUGAGGCUGAGAGCACAGUGGACUAGUGGAUUAGACUGCACAUAGUGGAGACUGUACACAGGUACUGAGUUAGGGCAGUGCAUCUUAUAAAUCACAUUUAGUUUAAUGUUGUAUCAAACAAUUGAGGCUCUGACAAGUGUGAACAUACACACACCUUUGGAAUCCUGAAAAUUCAUGUCAAGGUAACCUGAGUCUCAAGCGUUUGGCACCUCCAACAUUCAUGUUAAGUAGAGUUAUAAAACGCUCUUGAACCCAGCAUAAAGCGGCCCAGAUAAGGUGGCAGAGAGUGAUUUACCACUGUUUUUUUGCACUUCACACACUGUUUUUCUAUUUCUCCGUGCAGUUCCUCUGGGACAGAUUACACGUGUAAUUUUCAGCUGUGAGAUGGUUUAAGUGUGCCCCGCGCAACCCCCCCUACAUAAAUAAAACAUUUCUAUGAAAAGAAGGAAAAAAAGGGGGAGAAAAACAUUAACUAGAGUGAUGAACUAUGAAGUCCUAGGAGGCCAGAGGUUGAGAGAAGUAAGGGAUUCAGUUACAGUGGCUAAACAUAAUACGACUGUGCAGGUAUGUUUGGAUUAUGAUAAUGUGUUUAUUAGACAAAAUAGAAAUACAAAAAUAGAUAUUCUAUCAUAAAUAUUCAAAUAUAUUUAUAUUUCACAUGGUUAGAAUUUAAUAACUUUAUUCAAAAAUCUCAAAAAAGUGGAAUUAUUUGAAUAUAUAAAUGGCAUAACACAAAUGCACACAUGCCCUAUCUGCAAGCAGCAGACUGGUUGAAAGGGGGCUGCUCAUUGACCAAUCUGCUCUGACAGCAGCGUGGCGUGAGCUUCUGACCCUGUGACUGCAAAGGGUCUGUGUUCAGUGGCCAUGUAAGGGCUCACUGGCGCCCACACUGGGGGUUUCUGCCCUGCCCUGAAGGAGGUGACGUGCACACACACACACACACACACACACACACACACACACACACACACACACAAAUAGACACACGCAGAUGUCAACACACACAUGUGCAGGAGGGCCUCUACACUUGGCCAAACCCCGCAGGUAUGCACAGCCACAGAGCAGUAAGUGUGUGCAUCCAGUGAGGAGAUGGAGACACCGCCAGGUUCUUCUUCCUGUGACUCUGUACAGGUCUUGUCUGCGUCCCGGCCAGGCUCCUCCUCUUUACUAGUCACAAGGUGAGCACACGCACGACUGAAACACUGACUAUCGCCUGUGUUUUCGCCACACCACUUCACUUUUCCCGUACAUUGCAGCGUCCUACUUUGCAGAUUCCAUCACAUAUAAUGUAAUAUAACGCAACAUAAGAGGCAUGUUGUAUUGAUCUCUUCUUACUGGGCUACACCAGGGUCAGUAUCUCUCUAGAUGUAACUGUCUUAAACGGUAAUGAUAUAGUAGUGUGUGGUUUAAGUGAAACAUUAAACAGGGCACAUGAUAAGGCCUACUAAUAUUACAAUAUUAAUGGUUGUGAUGAAGAUUGAUGAACUGUUUUCUUUCAGUGACUUCAGAAGGUCCAAGAGGAGGGGGGAGGGGCACCGAGCUGCCGGACUGUUUAUUUACAUUUGCCCUUUUUAAAUGAUCCCUUUCUUCACAACAUCUGCUCCACAUUACCACACAGAUAUCUGUCCUAAUGACCGCUAUAAUGCCUGCUCUAACACACACACACACGCACACGCACACA